AUGAUGACGAGCUCGACUCUCCAGCGGCCAGUCGCGCCUGCUCCUGGGUCCAGCAACAGCGACAGGCAGAGCCAAGACGGUCCGGGCGAGACAUCGACACAGCCCCCGAAUGGCGAUGAGGGCGGCAGCGGUGGCGGCGCCGUGACUACGACAGCGAACAUGACGGCCGAGAUGGCGGGGCAGGUCGUGCUGCACGCUUCGAGUGCGGCGGUCGCGCUCGCGCCCACCAUUUUCCCGACCCCAAUCGCCAACCUCGUCACGGCCAUCGCAACCAGUGCGCGGCUCAGUCUCCGCGUGACGGCGUUCUUCAUCGAGGCGAUUCUGGAGACGUCGCAGAACAAUCCCGAGAAGCUUGACGUCCAGGCCGAUGCGUUCCUCAAUGUCUUGGACCGGUGGACGAACGUCGGCAUCUACGUGAUCCAUCACACGUUCACGCUCGCCGAGCUGUUUGCCAUGUCUGGCUUUUACCUGACGGCCAACACGGUGCAGUCGGCGAGUUUUGCCGCCCACGAGAGCGUCACGCUGUUCGACUCGCUCUUCGGAUCGAAUGAGUCGAGCCGGGCACUGUCGUCGAUCAUCGCCCUCGUCCGCCAAGAGCUCCUCGAGGACGAGCGCUUCCAGGCCGCCGACCGCGGCAAGGUUGCCAGCCUCACGGCGCUCACGAAGGCCCUCACGGCGUUUGCGUGCCUUCAGAAUGCAACUUGGUCGCGAAGCGCGAAGCGGCUAAAGAUGAGAGUCGACGAUGAAACCUUCAAGAGCGAAGUCAGUGAGCCCACCCAUUCGGCAUUGCCGGAAGCAGGACCGGGGCCGCGGACGAUCGCUGCUCGGCGCGAACGUGAACGAGAGAUUCCCAGUCUGUUAUACGAGACAGACGAGCAGGGUGACGUGACGAUGGAGGAUGUGUCGAGUCGGCCUUCACGCCGCUCGUCCCUGCGCUCGCGGCAGCAGGAGGACGACGAGCUGUUCCGCCAGCUGGAGGAAUUCGUGGGGGACGCGGACCGAUCCGUGUCGGCCCCCGUAUCACCGAUCGCCAAGACACGGGACCGCUCCAACUCGCAGCCGCAUCGCACGCUGAAACGCGUCCGUGGUGACGUGUUCGAAAUCAUGGACGAGCUGCAAGAGUCGACAGUCGUGACGCGGACAUUGGAGCGCGUCGACACUCGCCCGAGCCUGAAACGGGCUCAGAGCGAGACGGCCGCCGACAUCCUGGUCGAGGAGGUUGAGGACGAGGCGAUGAGCCGACCUCCCCCCGCCACUCCCCUCACGACGCCGACGGGCGUCAUGGACGAGGACCCGGCCGAGUGGAUCGAGGUCGACCAGCUCUUAGAUGGGCAGGAUGAUGCUCUUGUGCCUUCGGCUCCGAACGGCCGCGUUGCCGCCGUCGCCUCCGAGCCCCCCAACGCCGAGCGCAUCCAACUCGUCCUCCGAACCAUGACGAACAAGCUGCUGCAGCGCAAGCGCACCGUGCGGCGUGUCCAGAACGUGGGCUUGUCGCCGCGCAUGUCGCCAUCGCCGAGUCCCCCACCAUCGCACCGCAAGGAGAAGGAGCGCGAACGAGAGAGCUCCCCAGCAACGAUAAGGGAGCACGAACGGCCAGACGUUCGCCAGAUCGACUGGCGCCAGGCUGUCGCCGCUUCUCGAGCACGGACCAGUGGCACCCCACCUCCGCGAAGCGGCACCCCACCCCGCAGCAGCAGUCACAACGACAUCGGGCCGUCUAGUAGACGCUCGUCGUCCGACUCGAUUGCGGCUGGCAAUCGCUCCUCCCUCAAGCCGAAGCGACGCUUCUUUUCCGGCUAUAGCACGCGCGGGCACGACGAACCGAGGCGGAACAACUCGGAAGGCGGGCUCGCGAACGCCUUCCGCUCGACGCUGCGAAGGAAGCCGACUGCUUUCCCAGGCGUGGAGGACGAGGAGCCGCCCUCGGCGCCGCCUCCGCGAGCCAACACGCCUCGCGCUAGCCAGCCCCGUUCGGCUCCCGCUCCCGCGCCCUCACCGCUGACGCCGAUGCGUGGGGAGCGCGAGCACAGCGUGCACCAGAGCGUGCGCACGCGGUCCAACGCGAUUCACACGUCGUCCUCGCAGAUCUUUGGCCCCGACAUCGAGUCCUCGGCAAGCCUUUUCCCGCACGAGGGUCUGAUCCGGAACAUCCACCGGUUCAUGCGGUACUCGUCCGCGGCGUACGGGCAGAACUUCCUGCGCAUCCUCGGCCUCGGCAACACCGACUUCCACUACACGACAGCGGGAGGGCACCACGCCAACUCGUGGGCGUUUGCGCGCCACACCAACAUCCCGAUCAACAACCUGAUCCUGUCGUCGUACACCGAGACCUCGCCGCUCAGCGGGCACAAGGCGCCGCCGCUCGUGCACUACAUUGCUGUCGAGCACGGCCUACGCGCGAUCAUCGAGGGCGUCGAGGGCGACUUCCAAGUGCACGCGGGCAUGCACGAGAGUGCGCUGCAGUUAACCUCGCGCGCGUCGACGGUGCACCAGUGUCUCGUGGAGGCACUAGAGCAGUACCCGAACUACGGCCUCGUGCUGUGCGGACACAGUCUAGGCGGUGGCGUGGCGGCCCUGCUCGGGAUCGAGUGGGCGCAGCGCGCGACGCUGUUCAUGGCGCAAAACGCCAAACGCGAGCGCAAAGUCAAGCAUCCACCCAUCAGCACCAAAUUUGUGACGAGCUUCGGCUCGGGCCUGCCCCCCGGCCGCCCCAUACACGUGUACGCGUACGGCGUGCCUGCUGUCGCAUCUUACGAUCUGGGCAAGUACUGCGACGGCCUGGUGACCUCCGUGAUCCAGAACAGCGACGUCGUGCCCUCGCUCUCGCUCGGCGUGCUGCGUGACCUGAAGAACGUGGCCGUGACACUGUACGAGGAGGGCGGGAUUGCCGAGGAGAUUGUCGGCCGGAUCCUCGGCCUCAACAAGCGCAAGUUUGCCUUUGAGGGUGACUCGGCUUCCUCCGACACUCCCUCCUCUGGCCACAACGCUGCAGACGACGAGCAAAUGCUGCACGACUGGAUGGAGAGCCUGAUCAAGACCAUGCGCGCAGACAUGGACAACGACAAGCUGUACCCGCCCGGCUCCGUGUACAUCAUGGAGUACAGCGACGUGUUCCUCACCGCGUCCUCUGGGGCCGGCGAGAACAACAGCAAUUCGAGCCAGCGCGCGCGCCGCGUCAUUCUCCGGCUGUGCGAGAGCGUGCGCGAGCGCUUUGGCGAGCUCAGCUUUACGAAGAGCAUGCUCAAGGACCAUAUGCCGCUGCAUUAUGAGCGGGCGACCGAGCUGCUCAUCCAGGGCGUGCAGGAGUAA